UUUAAUUUAAACACCCACUCUGCGCGACGGGUCACUCUCAAGCUCAACAGAGUGACCGCGCUUUCUGUGCUCUCCUCUCGAGUUCUCAAACUGAAGGAGCUGCUGGAGCUGUUACUCCGCGAAAAUGGCGAACUCGUCCAGAGAUGACUCGCCCACCGACGGCGACACCUCUAGCGGCGACGCUCCUCCCUCCAAUUCCAGCCUCUACUCCGAGGGUGAGAAGAUCCUUGCCUACCAUGGCCCUCGCAUCUACGAAGCCAAGGUUCAAAAGGCAGAGCUGAGGAAAAAUGAAUGGAGAUACUUUGUUCACUACCUCGGUUGGAAUAAAAAGGAUACAGAAAUCAUUACUAUGGCUUGGACAUCUUGCCAACAGUUGGGACGAAUGGGUAGGUGGGGAUCGCCUGUUGAAAAAUACUGAAGAUAAUAUCAUGAAGCAGCAAGCUCUUGACAAGAAACAAGGUGUGGACAAGAAUACAAAAUCAGGACGCUCAGCUCAAACAAAGCCAAAAAGUUCUUCUGAUGCAAAAGCAGAGAAAGAAGACCACAAGAACAAUGUGACAAAGGGGAAGAAGAGGAAGAAUGACUUAGGCGCUGAGAAGGACACUGUGUCCCUGGAAAAGCUUGUCAAGAUUCAAAUUCCUCCAACACUAAGGAAGCAACUUGUUGAUGAUUGGGAAUUCAUUUUUCAGCAGGAUAAGCUUGUUAAACUUCCUCGUUCUCCAACUGUAGAUGACAUUUUGCAGAAGUACCUCGACUACAGGACAAAGAAGGAUGGCAAGGUGACUGAUCCAGUAGGUGAAGUCCUGAAAGGAAUACGAUGUUACUUUGACAAAGCAUUGCCAGUGAUGCUCUUAUACAAAAAGGAGCGCAAACAAUAUCAAGAAACAGUUGUAGGUGAUGUCUCUCCAUCAACAAUAUAUGGUGCCGAACAUUUACUACGACUCUUUGUAAAGUUACCAGAGCUAUUGGCUUAUGUCAACAUUGAGGAGGAAACACAGACCCGCUUACAGCAGAAAUUACUUGAUUUUCUCAAGUUUCUGCAGAAAAAUCACAGUACAUUCUUCCUUCCUGCUUAUGAUGGCUCAAAAAGUGUUGAAGGGAAAGGCAAGGGGAAACAUGACUGAAUUGCCACAGAAACUGCUCUAACUUCUGCUCUCUCAUACUUGCCAUCUUUGGAUGGAUGGCAAAGGCAGUGCAGAGAUUCAUGACCUAGUUGGCAUGUUAUGGAUUCAUCCACCAAGACAAUCCACAAACAUGGAACAUCCAGUUUGUUGUUGUAACAUUAGCAUUAAUUCAUUCUUUUUUUGUCCUUUUUUUUUUUGGACUUGUUGCUCUGUGAAGAGAAUUUCUUGCUUGAAUACCACAAGUCAUUCUUGUAAACCCUGGCAAGCAAUAGUUGUGUUUAUGAUGUGCAUUUGUAAAAACUCUGGUUAAAGAAACAAAAAUUGUGGUUGGAAUUUUAAUUUAGGCAUCCACAAAGUUGACAUUUA